AUGCCUAGUGGCGGUGUCAUUAAGUCGGGUGUGAAAAGUGAUAAAGGGGCGAGGCCAAAGGAAACUGUGGUUGGUGAACAAAGUGCUGGUGGUGGUGGUAAUCCCGAAGUGGUGGUUGUAGAUGAAACCAUGGAAGGGCAUACGUGCAAGACGUGUCGAGGACCGGACACCGAAGACAUGGUACAGUGCGACAGAUGCGAUGGAUGGUUUCAUUUUUCCUGCGUGGGCGUUUCAGAAGAGGUUACUGACAAGAGCUGGAGUUGCACUAACUGCGUUACCGCGAAAUGGAUCCAGCGAACUAAAACAGCUUUGGAAGAAAGUGCCCUACACAGAAAGGAGAACAUCGAUCAAAGGUCGACUAGAAGCCAGCCGGUCGGUAAUAUCGCAACAAGUACCCGUGUUAAUCCAGUAAUUCUCCCUGCGUCGGUAUCCCAGAAACCUACCUCGUCAGUACAACUCCCAACGGACGCAGUUGAGCAAACAAGAUUGGAUCAACAGAAGCAUCAAUCGGCUCCGCCAGUUGACAGCAAUGGUGCAGGCAUAGGAAUUCCACGAGACGUAGAAAAGGCACUGUCGGAGAUUUCUGUUUCCUCUUCACAAAAAUCAGCGGUACAGCGAGCGAAGCUACAGUUAAUGCGGCUGGAGGAAGAACGGCUGUUUCAGCAGCAGCAAGACGAACGUCGGCGAGCCGCGGAAGAAAGGGCCGCGCAGGAACAUAGAGAGUUCCUGGACAAGAAAUACCGUCUUCUAGAAGAAGUUGUUAGUGAGAGGAGUUCAAGGAGUCGCAGCGAUACUUCAAGUCGGGUCAACGAUUGGGUACAGACGGCUAGUCAAGUGCAGCAGAUUGAACCAGACAUGGAUGGUUCCCGUAACGAUAUUCCCCCGAGGAAUGUAGAAUUAGUCCAUACAACUGGGCAGUUCGGCCAACAACGUAUUCGGUUCGAACCAAGUGCUCAAACUGGAUCUGCGUACAAUGUACAGACUGCUCAGCAGUUCACCCAUCGUCUUCCCAAUCAGCAGUUCCGUUCACCAGGACAACCAUCGUUCUCUAGAUUUACUAAUAAUCAGAGAGGUCUGCCAAUGCAGACAAACCAAGUCGAUCACCAGGUCGGACCAUCGAUUGGGUGCCCAUCUCAGCCGAAUCUCACUCCCACGAGAACCGUCGACCAUCAGAGCUUCGUCACAUGCACCAAUAGGGGUGUUUCAUCCCAACAGCAUGCGAGUCAGACCAACCGACUGGCGUUCAACUCUACUACCUUCGACGGACCGGUUCAGGUGCCACCAGCGUGUUCUACUGGAGUUCAUCAUCGGGGUAGUAUCUGCGCUUCUCAAGGAACGUAUCAAGAGGAUUGCCAGGACGAGUUUCACUUUCUCGUUCACAAGUAG